AUAUUCAAGAUGGAAGGGAAUAGUACAGAAGUAAAAUGUAAUGAUCUUCACCUGCCAUUUCAGUAUCCCCUUUAUGCGAUCACAUAUAUUGUGAUCUUUAUUCCUGGCCUUCUGGCCAAUGGUGCUGGCAUCUGGGUCUUGUGCCGCUACAUCAACAAGAAGAACAAGGCCAUCAUCUUCAUGAUCAACCUGGCCAUUGCUGACUUUGCCCAUGUUCUGUCACUGCCAUUGCGGAUCUAUUACUACAUCAGACACCAGUGGCCCUUCCCAAGGUCCCUAUGCCUUCUCUGUUUUUACCUGAAAUAUCUCAACAUGUACGCGAGUAUCUGUUUCCUGACAUGCAUUAGUCUUCAGCGGUGCUAUUUCCUCCUUAAGCCCUUCAAGGCCCGUGACUGGAAGCGCAGGUACGAUGUGGCCAUCAGCGCUAUCAUCUGGGUCACUGUCGGGGCUGCCUGCUUGCCUCUGCCUGUCAUGAGAAGUGCCAGCCUGGCCAACAACUCCAGUGAGAUCUGCUUUGCUGAUCUUGCAGUCCAGCACACCAGCAUGACUACUUCCAUUGCCAUGAUCACCGUAGCCGAACUGGGAGGGUUUGUGAUCCCUAUUGGCGUCAUCACCUUUUGCACUUGGAAGAUGAUGAAAUCUUUACAAGACUACCAAACGCCUCCCCACAACAACGAGAAAGAUAAAGCCUUUCGGAUGGUCCUGAUAUGUGCCAUGGUCUUCUUCAUUUGUUUCACCCCAUACCAUAUCAACUUCCCGAUAUUCAUGAUGCUAAAGCAAGACCUCUUUUCCAGCUGCCACUUUAUGAAGAUCAUUCUGUGUUUCCACAUCAUUUCUUUGUGCAUCGCUAGUAUGAAUUGUUGCCUCGACCCCCUGCUGUAUUAUUUUAUGACGGCUGAGUUUCGGGAUCAGUUGUCUCGCCGCGGCUUUGUGAACAUCCUGUCUCGUUUCACAUCCAAGCACAAGAACUUUGGCUUUAAUCGCAGGCAAGAUGAGCUUCAAACCAUCACGUUUGAGCUCCUGGGUGACUUCAAGUCAUUUUAA